AUGGCUAGCCAGAGCCGCGCCGUGGUGAGAUCGUCGAAAGUGGGGAUCAUCGGCGCCGGGGUGAGUGGGGUGGCGGCUCUGAAGCAGCUGGCCCACUACGACCCCGUGGUGUUCGAGGCCGGCGACUGCAUCGGCGGCGUGUGGAAGAGCUGCUCUUACCACUCCACCAAGCUCCAGUCCCCGCGCAAGGACUACGAGUUCGCCGACUUCCCUUGGCCCAACAGGGACGACCCUACCUUCCCCUCCCACCUCGACAUUCUGGACUACCUCACGUCUUAUGCUCACCGUUUCGAUCUCUUCAAGUACGUCAACUUCAACACCAAGGUGGUGGAGAUCAGGUUCGUCGGCGGCGAUGGAGGUGGUCGUCAUGAUCUACACCAAACCGGCGGUGACGGUGAGUAUGGAGCCCUUCUCCCCGGCCGCCCGGUCUGGGAGGUGGCUGUGCGACCCAAUGGUCCGGAGAGUACCAUACAGUGGUACGAGUUUGAAAUGCUGGUGGUGUGCACGGGGAAGUAUGGUGACGUACCGAAAAUACCAGAGUUCCCGCAGAAGAGAGGGCCGGAGAUAUUCAAGGGGAAGGUGAUGCACUCCAUGGAUUACUGCAAACUGGACAAGGAAGAAGCGACGGAGUUGAUGAGAGGGAAGAAGGUUGCCAUCAUCGGCUAUCGAUUUGGCUGUGGAAUGCGCUCAAGCAAACCAAGGUACUUUUUCUUGCCUUAUUUUCUCUGUUAA